CUGGUGUGCCAGCGCCCAGCGCGGCGCCGUGCCUGGCUGCUUUUGUACCACGGCCCUCCCACUCCUCUUUACAAACCUCUUUGCACUCGUUCGGUUUGCCCUCCGUCAUCCAGUUUCUCCUCACCCUAGUCGCUCACUGCAACAUACCCUAAUCGCAAUAAUAAUGUUUCACUCCGCAAUGGGCGCCAUGCCCUGGUUGCUGCUGGCCGUGUCGCGCUUGGCCAAUGCCGCCUGCGAAUGUGGAUACUCGGUUAACCAGACGACGGAUUCUGAGUAUGCCGUCUUCACAGAACUCAUGGAAAGCGACUUCCUGCACAUGGACACGAAAAACAUCACCGACUAUGGAUGGAGACCCCAGGUUUACAACGUCUCGGUGCCCGCCGAUAACAAGAGGAUAUCGUACGGGAAGGAGUUCAGCAUGGGCAACGUCGUUCCCAACCCGCUCAAGAACUCGAAAAAUUGGUCGGGUGACGCUCAACACGGUGGUGAUGCCGGUCUGGAGAUGUGGGUGCGCGGCGACCAUUCGAACGGAUACGUCAACGGGUCGGAAGUUGUCUCAAUCAGAGACGACAUGUUGCUUGGAUCCUUCCGUGUGGGCAUGAAGCUCUCGAACUCGUCGGGAACCUGCGGUGCUUUCUUCUUUUACUACAAUAACUCGCAGGAAAUCGACUUGGAAUUCCUCUCGUCCCAGUUCAACAGCUCUGGCGGCGCCGUCAAUCUCGUUCUGCAAUCCCCAGAAUCUGUUGCUCAUGGAAACGACGCUGCUGGCACAUCCACCUUCAAGGUCGCGGCUCUUCCCUUCCAGCCUGACAGCAUGUUCCACGAGUACCGCUUCGACUGGACCGCCGACCGAGUCACUUUCUACGUUGACGGUACUUUCCUCUGGGAGAUGACUGAGCAGAUCCCUCGCGAGGGCGGCGGCAUCUUCUUCAACCACUGGAGCAAUGGUGAUCCCACCUGGUCUGCUGGACCUCCCAGUGCCGACACCGUCAUGACCUUGUCCUACAUCAAGGGAUACUUUAACUCUACUGAUACCGACCGCUCGCAAAACGCCUACAAGAAGCGCUGCCCCCAGUUUGACCCGGCCAAGGUCUGCGCUAUUCCUGCGCAAACAUCCGCACCAGAUGUCUCGCUAGGCACCGACGCACCGAAAACGUAUUUCUUCUCGCAGCAAGAGGGUAUGACUACCGGCCAGAUUCUCUACAGCAACGGAGCAACACUGUUCGGCGCACCAGCGAUUUCGAUACUAGCCCCUCUGCUGGUCACUUUGUUCAGCUGGACGCUAGCGUAGUAGUGCCGCUGAAGCACCGUACAAUCAACCACUGAACAUUACCACUCUGUUCCCGUGUUUCUUUAUC